CAGCGUCUGGACUGGCAACUCCUCCCUCCUCUGCAGAGCGAAGUAGAAUCUCCAUUCAAACACAUCCAAACUCAGCGGGAUGAGAGUGAACUGCACACAGUACGGCCGUUGAUCAACACUUCGCCGCCAACACAAGGAGAGCAAAUUUGCACAAUCUGUAGUGUUUGACGUCCACAACAGUUAAACGACUUGACAGUUAAUUCUGGCCUGCGAUACUCAGAAGUGGUUGCUAGCAAGCUAUUCUAACAGACUGCAAACAUGGCCAGCGCCUCGUACCAUAUUUCCAAUCUUCUGGAAAAAAUGACAUCCAGCGACAAAGAUUUCAGGUUCAUGGCCACCAAUGACCUGAUGUCAGAGCUGCAGAAGGACUCCAUAAAGCUGGAUGAUGACAGUGAGCGGAAGGUGGUCAAGAUGAUCCUCAAGCUGCUGGAGGACAAGAAUGGAGAAGUGCAGAACCUGGCCGUCAAAUGCCUGGGCCCGCUGGUGAGCAAGGUUAAAGAGUACCAGGUGGAGACCAUCGUGGACACGCUCUGCACCAACAUGCUGUCGGACAAGGAACAGCUGAGGGACAUCUCCAGCAUCGGCCUCAAGACUGUCAUUGGGGAGCUGCCUCCUGCUUCCAGCGGCUCAGCGCUGGCGGCGAGUGUGUGUAAAAAGAUCACAGGACGUCUCACAAGUGCCAUUGCCAAACAGGAGGAUGUGUCCGUGCAGCUGGAGGCCUUGGACAUCAUGGCAGACAUGCUCAGCAGGCAGGGUGGCCUACUGGUGAACUUCCACCCGUCCAUCCUGAGCUGUCUGCUGCCGCAGCUGACAAGCCCUCGGCUGGCGGUCCGCAAGCGCACCAUCAUCGCACUGGGCCACCUGGUCAUGAGCUGCGGCAACCUGGUCUUCGUCGACCUCAUCGAGCACCUGCUGUCUGAGCUGUCGCGCAACGACUCCAUGUCCACCACGCGCACCUACAUCCAGUGCAUAGCCGCCAUCAGCCGACAGGCAGGACACCGCAUAGGUGAGUACCUGGAGAAGAUUAUCCCCUUGGUGGUGAAGUUCUGUAACGUGGAUGACGAUGAGCUGAGGGAGUACUGCAUACAGGCCUUCGAGUCCUUCGUCAGGAGGUGUCCAAAGGAGGUGUAUCCGCACGUGCCCACGAUCAUCAGCAUCUGUCUGAAGUACUUGACCUACGACCCCAACUAUAACUAUGACGAUGAGGAUGAGGAUGAGAACGCCAUGGACGCAGAUGGAGCAGACGAAGAUUACCAGGGAAGCGACGAUGAGUACAGCGACGAUGACGAUAUGAGCUGGAAGGUGCGGCGCGCGGCUGCCAAGUGUCUGGACGCGGUGGUCAGCACGCGGCACGAGAUGCUGCCCGAGUUCUACCGCGCCGUCUCGCCCGCCCUGAUUGGCCGCUUCAAGGAGCGAGAGGAGAAUGUCAAGGCCGACGUCUUCCACGCCUACCUGUCGCUGCUCAAGCAGACGAGGCCCGCACAGAGUUGGUUGUGUGACCCUGAUGCCAUGGAGCAGGGGGAGACACCACUCACCAUGCUGCAGAGCCAGGUGCCCAUGAUCGUGAAGGCCUUGCACAAACAGCUGAAGGAGAAGAGUGUGAAGACGCGCCAGUGCUGCUUCAACAUGCUGACCGAGCUUGUCAAUGUGCUGCCGGGAGCUCUCACACAACACAUCCCUGUGCUGGUCCCAGGAAUAAUCUUCUCCCUGAAUGACAAGUCGAGCUCGUCCAACCUGAAGAUUGACGCUCUAUCGUGCCUGUACGUGGUGCUGUGCACCCACCAGCCCCAGGUCUUCCACCCGCAUGUGCAGGCCCUGGUGCCGCCCGUAGUGGCGUGCGUGGGCGACCCCUUCUACAAGAUCACCUCGGAGGCGCUGCUGGUCACACAGCAGCUGGUCAAGGUCAUCCGGCCGCUGGAGUCCCCCCACGCAUUCGACGCCUCGCCCUACAUCUCUGACCUCUUCAACUGCACCAUCAAACGCCUCAAGGCAGCUGAUAUCGACCAGGAGGUGAAAGAGCGUGCAAUCUCGUGUAUGGGCCAGAUCAUCUGUAACCUGGGUGACAGCCUGGGCUCAGACCUGCCCGGCACACUGCUCAUCUUCCUGGAGCGACUCAAGAACGAGAUCACGCGCCUCACCACUGUCAAGGCCCUGACACUGAUUGCCGGCUCGCCGCUGCACAUUGACCUGCGGCCCGUGCUGGCGGAGGCCGUGCCCAUCCUGGCCUCCUUCCUGCGCAAGAACCAGCGGGCACUCAAGCUGGGCACGCUGGCGGCGCUCGACAUCCUGGUGCAGAGCUACAGCGACAGCGUCACGCCCGCCAUGAUCGACGCCGUGCUGGCCGAGCUGCCCGCACUCAUCAGCGAGAGUGACAUGCAUGUCUCGCAGAUGGCCAUCAGCUUCCUGACCACGCUGGCGCGCGUGCACCCCGAGGCGCUGGCCAAGAUUAGCGGUGCCAUCCUGACCGAGCUCAUGGCGCUGGUGAGGUCACCGUUGCUCCAGGGUGGUGCACUGGCGGCCAUGCUGGAUUUCUUCCAGGCGCUGGUGGCCACAGGCACGGCCAGCCUAGGCUACAUGGACUUGCUGCGCAUGCUGACAGGCCCUGUGUACGCUCAGAGCUCGGCGCUGGCCCACAAGCAAUCCUAUUACUCCAUCGCCAAGUGCGUGGCCGCGCUGACGCGCGCCUGCCCCAAGGAGGCGCCGGCAGUGGUGGGCCAGUUCAUCCAGGACGUGAAGAACUCGCGCUCCACUGACUCCAUUCGGCUGCUGGCGCUGCUGGCCCUGGGGGAGGUGGGACACCACCUGGACCUCAGCGGCCAGCCCGAGCUCAAGGCAGUCAUCCUGGACGCCUUCGGAUCCACCAGCGAGGAGGUGAAGUCGGCGGCAUCGUACGCACUGGGCAGCAUCGCGGUGGGCAACCUGCCCGAGUACCUGCCCUUUGUGCUGCAAGAGAUCUCCGGCCAGCCCAAGCGCCAGUACCUGCUGCUCCACUCCCUCAAGGAGAUCAUCGGCUCGGCCGCCGUGGCCGGACUGCGGCCCUACGUGGAGAGUGUCUGGUCGCUGCUGCUCACGCACUGCGAGUGCACAGAGGAAGGAACGCGCAACGUGGUGGCCGAGUGUCUAGGGAAACUGACACUGAUCGAUCCAGAGACGCUGCUGCCUAGGCUCAAGGGCUACCUGCUGUCUGGAUCUUCGUAUGCUAGAAGCUCUGUUGUGACUGCUGUCAAGUUCACCAUCUCAGACCACCCACAGACGAUCGACCCGCUACUUAAAAACUGCAUAGGCGACUUCUUGAAGACGUUGGAGGACCCCGACCUUAACGUGCGAAGGGUUGCCUUGGUGACGUUCAACUCGGCAGCCCAUAAUAAGCCUUCAUUGAUCCGGGACCUGCUAGACACGGUGCUCCCUCACCUCUACAACGAAACCAAAGUGCGCAAGGAGCUCAUCAGAGAGGUGGAGAUGGGUCCGUUCAAACACACAGUGGACGAUGGCCUGGACAUCCGGAAGGCAGCGUUCGAGUGCAUGUACACGCUGCUGGACAGCUGCCUGGACCGACUGGAUAUCUUCGAGUUCCUCAACCACGUAGAAGACGGCCUCAAGGACCAUUACGACAUCAAGAUGCUGACAUUCCUGAUGUUGGCACGGUUGUCCACGCUGUGUCCCAGUGCAGUGCUGCAGAGACUCGACAGACUCGUAGAGCCCCUUAGAGCCACAUGCACCACCAAGGUGAAGGCGAACUCUGUGAAGCAGGAAUUUGAGAAGCAGGACGAGUUGAAGCGCUCUGCGAUGCGUGCGGUGGCGGCACUGCUGACCAUCCCGGAGGCGGAGAAGAGUCCGCUGAUGAGCGAAUUCCAGUCCCAGAUCAGCGCCAACCCCGAGCUGGCCGCCAUCUUUGACAGCAUCCAGCGGGACUCUUCCUCUGCCAACAUGGAGUCCAUGGACACCAGCUAAGCUGCAAAAAAGCUGCAAAGCUGAAAAGCUUCAAACCGUGAGCCGUCUGACACACUCUGUCAAUGCGGUUCAACAAAGCCAACGAAGAUGACAAAUUAAAAAAAAAAACACACGACUUAAGCAAAACAAACAAUGAAACAAUGUGAACCCUGAAAUUCAAACGUCACCAUCUGGAUUUUACAAGAAUACACAUACACACAGACAGACUGAAAAGAAAAUGAAUAAAAAAGCAGUACACAAAGACAUGCACCACCACACGGGACACAACAUAAUACGAAUGAGACACGUAGGGGUUGCUGGCAGAUGAUGCUGAUGGUGAUGAAGACAACAAAAAAACUGACUUGAUGAUGAAAUAUGAAAUCUCUCUUCCUUCCCCUAACCUUCCUCCUCGUCCUUAGGACUUUUGACAUUGCACCCUCCUCAGUUUCAUCCCUCUUGUUGGUUUCAAGAGUUAAAGCGCAUUCAAGAUCAGAAAAAAACACAGGACAAUGAAUGAUGAAAACAAGUGAAAGAAUAUGACUUCAACCUCUGGGGAGGCCUUUUUUGUUGCGUUCCAUGCAUUGCACUGAGUCAGCUGUUAUUACAAGGAGGAAAAUACAUUUUAAAACUGAAAAAAAGACAUGAGUUGGAAGACAAAAAAAGCUUAAAAAUACUUUCGUUUUCUCUUAUGAACUGCAGAAGAAGCGACUCGACCAUUCAUUUGUUCCAUCUCUCUUCUCCACAUUCUUCUUUUUUUCCCUGAUGCUCAUUCCCUAGUCAUGUGGGUCCAUAUAUGUUUGUUUGCUUUAUUUUGUAUUUCUUUUUUUGUCUUUUGACCAGUAAUUCCUAAAACGGACCAAGAAAGGUCUUGCCCAGCCUAUAUUGAAUAGGUGAGUAUGCAUAGCUGAGGUAGGUUGCCAUGUAUAAUAGGGUGCCUGAAGGACCACAAGUGUAUUUCACCAACUGUGUUCCAAGCCCUGAUGAGACAAUGUUUUUGGAAGACCUCAUUUAGGUCAUUUUCUUAAUUUUCACAUUAUUUUUUCUUAGCAUUGUUUAUUCCGUACAAAGGUCAUGCAAACCACAUACAGCGACCACAUUGUGUCGAUUUGGUUUUAGUGAGUGGUUUUGGUUGCCAUGUUUCAUACCAGAUCAAAAAAAAAUCAUAGUGGCUGAAUGCUCCUUUCAUGUUUAUUUACAUUGCCACUCUCUCAACUUUUUCGUCCAACGCCACAGCAGCGACCAAAUGUGUGUGCAUCAUGAACGUCAAAGAGUGUGAGGCAAAAGACCAAGCUAGCAAGGCGUAAAGUGACAUCCUAAAAGUUUGUUGCACAGGUUAAAAGGAUUGUUGUGCACUGAGUGACAGGUUCCUUUCUGUUCCCUUCUCUUUUGUAUUUUCUUUUUUUAUUUUUGCCCAGUGUUGAAUGCCUCUUUCAGGGUUGUUCUUGCGUAGUUGUGUUUGAUUGUGGCAUCUGAGCUAAAGCUGAUCUGCAAAGGUUUAAAGCACUUAAAAAGUGGAGGAUGUUUUCUGUACUUGUGAACACUUAUGCUCUAGGAGAGAGUUGUAAUUGCGUGCCCUGGUCCUGUGAACACUUACGGUAGUGAGCGAGAUGUAUUGUCUGGGGAAUCGAGAGCGAGUGUUUUGGUGUCGUUACAGGGCCUGACUGGUCCAACUAAAGGAUCAGAGCUGUAUGCACGUGGAACAAAAAAAAAGAAAAAAUGAUUUACAGUUGGGAGCUGAUAUUUUUAUUGCUGGGUUUAUUUUUGUUUUUUUUCUGUUGUAUGCAUACUAUGCCACCCCACUGUAAUCGUUUACAGUUUUUUUUUUCUCAACUGUUCUAUUUCUGUACUGAGAUUCUUCUUUUGUGGGAAAAUACUUCCAACUGCAUCAAUCUGCGUUUCUUUUACCCUCACGUCAUCUUUGGCUAUGAUUCCUCUCCCUUCCUUGCUCUCUCUCUUUUUUUUUAAUUUCUCUCCCUUUUUGCAUUCCUUUGCCUCUCCUCAAGAGGGAGUGAUGUCUAUCCACCAUCUUAUUCACUUUAGAUAAGAAAAAAACUUUGAUGGUUUGCAAAAACAUGUUUUUGAGGACUUCUGUUUGUUGGGAAAUACAAAAAAUAAAUAAAUAAAUAUGAGAAAAAUAAAAAAAAACAAAAAUGCAAAAAGAAAAAGA